AUGAUCACAGCUAUAAGAGAACUGCAGAUGCCCAACAGCAGCUCCAUCAGCGAGUUCCUCCUCCUGGCGUUGGCAGACACGCGGCAGCUGCAGCUCCUGCACUUCUGGCUCUUGCUGGGCAUCUACCUGUCUGCCCUCCUGGGCAACGGCCUCAUCAGCACAGCCGUAGCCUGCCACCACCGCCUGCACACCCCCAUGUACUUCUUCCUGUUCAACCUCGCCCUCCUCGACCUGGGCUGCAUCUCCACCACUCUCCCCAAAGCCAUGGCCGAUGCCCUCUGGGACACCAGGCACAUCUCCUACGCUGGAUGUGCUGCUCAGGUCUUCUUUUUAUUAUUCUUAUUUUCUGCAGAGAUUUUUCUUCUCACCAUCAUGUCCUAUGACCGCUACGUUGCCAUCUGCAAGCCCCUGCACUACGGGACCUUGAUGGACAGCAGAGCUUGUGCCACCAUGGCAGCAGCUGCCUGGGGCACUGGGCUUCUCUAUUCUCUGCUGCACACUGUUAAUACUUUUUCACUGCCUUUUUGUCAUGGCAAUGCUGUGGAUCAGUUCUUCUGUGAAAUUCCCCAGAUCCUCAAGCUCUCCUGCUCUACUUCUUACCUCAGAGAAGUUGGACUUAUCAUAUUUAGUGCCUGCAUUUUUUUGGCUUGUCUCAUUUUCAUUCUUUUCUCCUAUGUGCAGAUCUUCAGGGCCGUGCUGAGGAUGCCCUCUGAGCAGGGACAGCACAAAGCCUUCUCCACGUGCCUCCCUCACCUGGCUGUGCUCUCCCUGUUUCUCAGCACUGCCAUAUUUGCCUAUUUGAAGCCACCCUCCUUCUCCUCCCCAUCCCUGGACCUGGUGGUGUCAUUUCUGUACUCAGUGGUGCCUCCAGCACUGAACCCCCUCAUCUACAGCAUGAGGAAUCGGGUGCUCAAAGAUGCCCUCAGGAAACUCUUUAUAUAUUUUUUUCUUCAGCAUUAAUUUUAUCUUCAUUAUCUUCACAUGAGUACCACAAACACAAGAAAAGCUAGGA